AUGUCAGCAACAUAUGAACCAGGUACCCGUUGUUGGUUUCCUGAUAAACAGCUUGGUUUCAUCGCUGCCGAGGUUACUGCUAACGAGAAGUUGAGUAACGGAAAGAUCAAAUUAUGUUUGAGCUUUGAAAACGGUAAUGACCCAAAAGAGCUAAUACUAUCGUCUCUUGACGAAGAUAAGGAAAAGAACUUGCCUCAUCUUAGAAACCCUCCAAUUCUUGAAGCCGCUGAAGAUUUGACUUCGUUGUCCUACUUGAACGAACCGGCGGUGUUGCACGCCAUCAAGGUCAGAUAUAGUCAAUUGAACAUCUAUACAUAUUCCGGGAUAGUGUUGAUCGCUGCCAACCCUUUCCAGAGAAUCGAUCAAUUAUAUUCUCCAGAUAUCAUCCAAGCAUAUGCUGGUAAAAACAGAGGUGAAUUGGAUCCUCAUUUAUUCGCCAUUGCUGAAGAUGCCUACAGAUGUAUGAAGCGUGAUCAUAAGAAUCAAACCAUUGUGGUGAGUGGUGAAUCCGGUGCGGGUAAAACUGUGUCUGCCAAGUUCAUCAUGAGAUAUUUUGCCUCAGUGGAAACUACUGAUGAUUCAACUCCAAAUGUCAUGAGCUCAACCCAUGAUCACACUGAUAUGUCGGAAGUUGAAAAGCAAAUUUUGGCUACCAAUCCAAUUAUGGAAAGUUUCGGUAACGCUAAGACUACAAGAAACGAUAACUCUUCCAGAUUCGGUAAAUAUUUGGAAAUUUUGUUCGACAAAAAUACAAGCAUUAUCGGUGCAAGAAUCAGAACUUAUCUUUUAGAAAGAUCAAGAUUGGUUUUCCAACCAACUUCAGAAAGAAAUUACCAUAUUUUCUAUCAAAUGCUCGAAGGUUUAUCGGAGGAAGAAAAGUCUGAAUUAUCUUUGACCUGUGUUGAGGAUUAUCACUACUUAAAUCAAGGUGGUGAUGCCAAGAUUACUAAUGUUGAUGACAAAAAGGAAUUCAUGGAUACAUCCAAUGCUUUGACCUUGAUUGGCACUGGUCCGGAAGUCCAAAAAGAAAUUUGGAAAAUCUUGGCUGCUUUACUUCACAUUGGUAAUAUUCAAAUUACUGCCACCAGAAAUGACGCUCACUUGUCCUCAGACGAAACAAAUUUGGUUUUGGCAUGUCGGUUAUUGGGUCUUGAUCCAACUGAAUUCAGUAAAUGGUGUGUUAAGAAACAAAUUGUUACCAGAUCGGAAAAGAUUACUACAAAUUUGAGUCAUGCUCAAUCUUUGGUAGCAAGAGAUUCUGUUGCUAAAUUCAUUUAUGCUUAUAUGUUUGACUGGUUGGUUAGUUUUGUUAACCAUGAUUUGUGUGCACCAGAUAUCUUAAAAAAUGUUUCCAACUUUAUUGGUGUUUUGGAUAUUUAUGGGUUUGAACAUUUCAAGGUCAACUCUUUUGAACAAUUCUGUAUCAAUUACGCCAAUGAAAAAUUGCAACAAGAGUUUAACCAACAUGUUUUCAAAUUGGAACAAGAAGAGUAUAUCAGAGAAAAGAUUGAAUGGAGUUUUAUUGAAUUCAGUGAUAACAGACCAUGUAUCAAUUUAAUCGAAGCUAGAUUGGGUAUCUUGUCAUUGUUGGAUGAAGAAUCUAGAUUACCAGCCGGUUCUGAUGAAAGUUGGAUUCAAAAGAUGUACACCCAAUUGGACAAAGCACCAACCAAUUCUGUUUUCAAAAAGCCAAGAUUUGGCGGCAACAAAUUCGUGGUGUCCCAUUAUGCUAUUGAUGUCGAAUAUGACGCUGAAGGUUUCAUCGAAAAGAAUAGAGAUACUGUCGGCGAUGGUCAUUUGGAAACCUUAAAGAAUACCACCAAUGAAAGAUUGAAGGAUAUAAUUGAAACUGUUGAAAGACAAAACGAAGAAGUUCAAAAGCAGAAGGAAGCUGAAGCCGCUGCCAACAAACCAAAACCUAAAUUUGGCGGAACUGGUAGAGUUGGUGGGUUUGGUGGUAAAGCAUCUAACCGUAAACCAACUUUGGGGUCUAUUUUCAAGAAAUCUUUGAUUGAUUUGAUGGCCACCAUUAAUUCAACCAAUGUUCAUUACAUUAGAUGUAUCAAACCUAAUGAACAAAAGAAAGCCUGGGAGUUUGAUUCUCUCAUGGUCUUAUCUCAAUUAAGAGCCUGUGGUGUUUUGGAAACUAUUAGAAUUUCUUGUGCUGGUUUCCCUACUAGAUGGACUUAUGAAGAAUUUGCUCAAAGAUAUCACAUUUUGGUUCAUUCUGACAAUUAUGUCGAUGUUCUCAAUGGUACCAAGGCAACUUCAGAAGAUGUUCGUGCUUUGUGUGACAAGAUCUUGCAAGCUACUGUUGAAGACAAACAAAAAUACCAAAUGGGUGAAACCAAGAUCUUUUUCAAGGCCGGUAUGUUGGGUUAUUUGGAAAAAUUGAGAACCAACAGAUUACACAACGCUGCUGUUUUGAUCCAAAAGAAUGUCAAGGCCAAUUACUACAGAAAGCAAUAUUUGGAAAUUCGUGAGUCUAUAGUGAGAUUUCAAUCUUUGCUUAAAGGAUACUCUAGAAGAAAAAGAAUUAGAGAAGAGAUUGAAGAGCAUUCUGCAAUCAAAUUACAAACUCUUUUCAGAGGCUUCCUCGUUAGAAGAAGAGUGCACUUGGCUAAGACUACUAUCAUUGGUAUCCAAAGUGCUUACAGAGCCAGAAAGGCUAAAGCUGCCUCAUUUGAGUUGCGCCAAACUCAAGCAGCUCUCACUAUUCAAAAUGCCUGGAGGUCAUAUGCCGGUAAAAAAGAAUUUAGAACCUAUGUCAAAACCGCUGUGUAUGUUCAAAGUUGUCUCAGAAGAAAGUUGGCUGUUAGAGAACUUCAAAGACUUAAAGAAGAUGUUAAGUCCGUUAACCACUUACAAGAGGUUUCUUAUAGAUUAGAAAAUAAGGUCAUUGAGCUUACCCAAUCAUUGACAGCUAAGAUCAAUGACAAUAAGAAGUUGACUCAAGAAAUUGAAGGUUUACAAAAGAAGUUGCAAGACAAUUCUUCCAGCCGUGCAAUGAUGGCUUCACAAGAAAAGGAGUUCAAUGAAAUGUUAAGCUCAACCAAGACUGAAUACACUUCCCAAAUUGAUAGCUUGAAUAGUGAAUUGGCUCAAACUAAACUUGACUUCAAGGAAUCCGAAGGUAAGUUACAAAGAUUGAUGAAGGAACAAGCUGAAUUGAAGGAAACUGUUGAUUUGAAUAUCGAAGAAUUAAACCAAGCUAGAGAUCAAUUAGCCAAGUAUGACAAUAAUGAACAAGACUUGAAGAAGACAAUUACUCAAUUGAAACAAGAAAUUAUUGCUUUGACUGGACAAGGUAUUGGUCAACAAGCUAUUUCUGAUCAUCUUCGUGGUGGUGCUGGUUUCGGUAAGCAAGCUUACUAUAAUAAUCCAAAGAACAGACAAUCAUGGGGUGGUUCUAAAGGUGCCAGUGCUAAUGAUGCUGCUGCAAGAGCCGUGUCUGUUAUGCCAAUGGGUAAUAGAGAAGAUGAUGAAGUUAAUAAUUUGGCUGGCAUUAAUGAAGAAUUAUGGAAAUUAUUGCAAGACAGCAAAGCUCUUCACAAAGAAAUUAUUGAAAGUUUAUUGAAGGGUUUGAAGAUCCCACCAGCAGGAGUUGCUGCCGAUCUUACCAGAAAGGAAGUUUUGUUCCCAGCAAGAAUUAUCAUCAUUAUCUUGUCUGACAUGUGGAGAUUAGGUUUGACUAAAGAAUCUGAAGACUUCCUCGGUGAAGUACUUUCAGUUAUUCAAACCAUUGUGACUGGUUUGAAAGACGAGGAUGUCAUUUCCCACGGUGCUUUCUGGUUAUCUAAUACUCAUGAAUUGUACUCUUUUGUCUCUUAUGCUCAAUCCACCAUUAUUGCUAAUGAUAGUAUCUCCAAUGAAUUAAGUGAACCAGAAUAUGACGAAUACUUGAAUUUGGUUGCUGUGGUCAAGGAAGAUUUCGAAUCCUUGAGUUACAAUAUCUACAACUUGUGGAUGAAAAAGAUGGAAAAAGAUUUGGAAAAGAAGGCCGUUUCUGCAGUUGUUUUAUCCCAAUCUUUGCCAGGGUUUAUGGCCCAAGAAUCUUCUCCAUUUUUGGCUAAAGUUUUCUCUCAAGCGGCUCAAUACAAGAUGGAUGAUAUUAUUAGUUUCUUCAACAACGUUUAUUGGUCGAUGAAAACUUAUUUCAUUGAGGCUGAAGUUCAAAAUGAAGUGAUUACUGAAUUGUUGAGAUUUGUUGAUGCUAAUUGUUUUAAUGAUUUAAUUAUGAGAAGAAACUUCUUGUCAUGGAAGCGUGGUUUACAAUUAAACUAUAAUGUCACUAGAUUGGAAGAAUGGUGCAAAUCUCAUGACAUCAUUGAAGGUUCUAGUUAUUUGGUGCAUUUAUUGCAAGCUGCCAAAUUGUUACAAUUGAGAAAAAACACCAAUGAAGAUAUUGAAAUCAUUUAUGAAAUUUGUUAUGCCUUGAAACCAUCCCAAAUUCAAAAAUUGAUUUCUCAAUACUAUGUUGCUGAUUAUGAAGCUCCAAUUGCUCCAGAAGUCUUGCAAGCUGUUGCUGACAAAGUCAAGAGAAACUCUAGUGGUGCUAGCGAUGACUUCUUUGAACCAGUUAAUAACGAUUCUGGUCAAUUUGAUGAUCCAUUCAGACGUGUUCCAUUGAGACCAUUUGUCAGACUUGAAGCCUAUGUCCCUGCUUGGUUGAACUUGCCAAUUAUUAGAAGAAUUAUCGAAUUGGUUGCCAAGAAUGCUGCUGGUCAAGAUAGCUAUUUGAUCGAUGAACAAGGGUAUGGGGAAGAAGAGUACUACAUGCCAGAAGAUGAAGGUCUUGAAGAUUACAGUCAGAUUGAGGUUUAG